AUGGAUGCACCAAUGUUUCGGCCCUAUGUGCUAGUCUCUGAUGCAUCAAAUUCCCCUGUUUCAUCGCCAUAUCUAUCUAUAAAAACGUGGGCAAGAAACGUGGUUUCCGAUGAAAACGAUUCAAACAAUACACUCGUCGAUGACGAUUCUGAUGACGACAAUGAAGAAGCAGAUGAUCUAGAUUCGAAUGGCUUCAAACAAAUACCUAUAGUCCAAACGAAACCAACCGUGUAUGUCAGUGAUUUGGUCCAACCACUGACAACAUUUGUCGUCUCAGGUCAGAUCAUGGCUAUGGGGUAUAUCAACGCAUUCUUUGCGUAUGUCAAAAUGUUAUAUAAUACUGUAACAGAUGGGCCUGGACGGGGUCGACAAUACGUUACCGAUGGUGCCAAACAGAUACGUGACGGACUGGUUGAUUCACUGCCGUGGCUCGCAUUCUAUACGUGCAUCGUAACUGCUAUCGUAAUUCGUUUAUUUAAUGAUGCUGUUGAUCUCGUCCUGUCGCUGCUGAUGAGAGAAAAAUACUACUAUCGUAAUGCCCUUCUCGCACGUCUACCUUAUAUAUAUGACUUUACUCGUGAACAAGGAUCAUUUCGUGGGGCAUCGAACAAGCAUCUUUCAAAGAUUAUAAUGUUACCAACAAACGAAACCAGUCCACAAUUAUCGUUUUCGUUUUCCGGGUGUGCCUGGCUUCUCCUGUAUCAUGCUGGUGUUGGACAGGCCCUGAAUGAAAGGUUCAAGCCUGAAGUAUUUGAAAAAAUUGAAUUUCAAGGGUGUUCUAGUGGUUCUCUAGUGGCUGCUGCUCUGACCUUGAAUACCGACAUGCAGAGAAUGAUUGAUUUGAUGAUUUCUGUGGCUAGUGAACAUGCUAAGAGAUUCCUUGGUCCAGUAGGAAUAAUGAGUCAGAGCAUUGAAGUCGGAAUGCGUCGAGAACUAGAAGACGACGAGACUGUAUCUACAAAACUAGGCAGACGACUGACAGUCUCUCUUACAACAUUCCCCGGCUUUGAAAACGAAAUGAAGAAUCACUUCACUGGUCGUGAUGACUUGAUAAACACUAUAAUGGCCUCAUCAUACUUCCCCAUCUACUGGGAAACUCCCAUAGCAAUGACGCCUGUCACCUCCAACAACACUACUGCUAGUGGCAGUAAAACGAUAUAUAUUGAUGGAGGCUUUACCGAUAAUUUACCAUACAUGAGUAAAACCACUAUAACGGUAUCCCCUCAUCCUGGAGAAGCCAACAUAUGUCCUCGUCAACCAUUCCCAUUCCUCUGGAUUCUGUUUCCCCCGAGUGAUGAAGCUACCCUCAGAGGUAUCGUAGAACAGGGACGCUUGGAUGCCAAUGGAUGGCUGGAUAAAAAGAUUGAGGAAGGAAUACUGAGCCCGCUGCUGUUUAAUAGCUAG